UGGUCUCACAAACAGAGCACCGCUCGGACAGCAGUGUUGGCAGCGAGAAGUCAGCUUUCUUUUUUAUACAAUCCAGAAAAUACAAUGUUUCUUCGAUAACAAAGAUGCUCAGAGCGAUGCAUUACUCCCCGUUGGUCAACCAUCUCAAUGAGGCCCCAGUGUCUGAAGAGUCCUCGGAUGAGGAUGAUAAAGAACGUGAAACCUACAGGUCAACAGGAGCCGGUGAGAACUCUUCUAACAGCAGCCUCGGUGCUGAGAACACGUGCCGACCCCCAGGCAUCAGCAACGAGGAUUCCUGCGAGCCUAUACUAACUGAGGAGAGCAAGGUGCUGCUGGGGGAGCAGAUUAAACAGAUCGCCAUACACUUUCCUCCAAGACUCACAGGAUGCACUUGGACCCUGGCGUACAGCACUAUGAAUCAUGGAACCAGCCUGAGGACCCUGUACAGAUCCAUGCAUGGACUCGAUUGCUCCACAUUUAUAGCCAUUAAAGAUGCCGAUGGCCAGGUGUUUGGUGCCUUCUGUUCCAGUCCAUUGAGGGUCAGUGACUGUUUCUAUGGAACAGGAGAGACUUUUCUUUUCUCAUUCUCGCCAGAACUUCAGGUAUUUAAAUGGACAAGUGAAAACUCCUUCUUUGUCAAAGGGAAUCUAGAAUCUUUUGCUUUUGGGGGAGGGAGGGGAAUUUUUGGAUUAUGGCUGGAUGGAGACCUCUACCAUGGAAGAAGCCUUAUGUGUGAUACUUUUAACAAUGACAUUUUGUCCAAAACAGAAGAUUUCUUUGUGCAUGUCUUGGAAGUAUGGACUCUUAACUGACAAAGUGUGAUAUAACAGAAACUGAGUCACAGGAUCAGUUUUGUUCCAUGGAAGCCAGCACUGAAUACAGCACUUACUGUACUGUACAGGAUUUGCAAUUGUGACAGAAUUAAUUCCACGAGAAGACAGUGCAACAGGUGGUAUUGUACUUUUUAUAAACAGUAACACAGUUUGAGCCAAAAUACGUACAGUAAGUUUCUGAUCUAAAGUUAUGUGCUUCACUAAAGAGGGUAAGGCAGCAAUACAAUAACCACACAACCACUUAAAUAUCCAGCAUGUGAUGUACCACUCUCCAUAUUGCCAUUCAAAGGGCUUGUUCAAUAACGGUAGCAGUCAACCUUGCAAAUUCAGUGCUUAUAAGCGAAUGUACCAGAAAAUAAGUUCUAUGCAGCUUGUGUUUUCUGGUUAUUCUUAUGCUAAUAUAAAAACAUAAUUUGUUCAAUUGGAAUUGAUUUACAAUUGAAAUGCAGGGCAUUUUUGGCUUUAAAAUGUGCAAAAAUUGCAAGUGUUAAGUUUUUUGUUUGCAGUUUUGUUUUGUAAAACAUCCUAUAUAGCCUGGGCUUCCUAAGCUCUCUAAUAGUGUGCCUAAUCAUUAUAGAUCACUGCCAUAGAGGGCUGCAUGGAAAGCUGUUCAGCAGCACUAGCACUGUAAAUGAUUAACGGAUUUCUGUUUUUAUCAAAGAGUAGUAGAACCUGUCUUUCAUGCUCAAAAAUAAGCACACAUAUGAAAUAUUUUACCUGGAUUUUUGUGUCUGUUUUACUCGCGUCUCAUGUUUGUUAUUUUAGAAAAUCGCUUAUUAGGAGGAACUUCUGUAAUGCCCACAAUGUGUUCAAGGUGAGAAAGUGCCAGUAUUUAAAGAUCUAUACAGUCAGAUUUCACAGUGGAACCUAAUACGUUUAUGCUGACUGUAAAGACAUUUCUUUAAAUUCAAACCCCCUGAGUACUGUAUAUUUGUAUAUACCGCUAAUCCAUGGUCUCAUUUUAACGUCAUAUGUUUGUAGGAAGUCUGUAUAGUAAGAAGGGGUUAUCAUUUUCAGUAAAUAAGGGUAAAAUGGAUUGAUAAAGCUGUUCCACUCCUGUCUCUGUGCUUAUUAAACAAUGGUACAGUUUGUACUGAAACAACAUAUUUUAUGACUAAAAAUAUACAGUAUUUCUAAAUAACAAAAAAUCUUCCCACACUUACUACUAAGGAAAUGCAUUUUCCAAAUUCCUGAGAAAAACAAAGGACAGUAAAACACAGUGCACCUUAACAGAAUGAACGUUUGGCUUGUGCAGGUGGAGAGGCGUCACCCCCUGGACCCUGUCAUUUAGGACGACAAAAGAAAUGAAUUGUAGUUGCUCACUAAUUCACGUUAAUCAUUCUUCUUGUGCCUGUUGCGGAAAUCACUUAAAGAAUCUGAAACCAGGGGCAAGCUUUGUUUCUAAUACCUAUAUGUGUGUUGGGAAAAUUGCAAAAAACAUUAUCUCCACUAGAGGGAGCUCAUGCUAUAUAAAUACUUCAUUAUUACACACAGUAUUACAAGAAGCGGCGUCCUACAUUCCCCUCUGUGCAAUGGUAGGAGGUUAUAAACGACUGGCUUACUAGUAGUAAAUUCCACCUUGUGUAGAAUCCAGCUAUUUUUUAUAUUGUAUCUCAAUAGGCUAAGGAUGUUUGUGGCACCUACAGACCGCUACAGAAAUGGCAUAAAACAUAAAUAAACAAACCAAUAGUAUAGCACUUCCCCUGCCAUUUACAAAUGUAUUGAUUAGUGCAACCAGUUUGAAAUAUUGAGUCAGGUGACAGCACCAAGAGACAUAUUAAAGCUGCUAUAAUGAAUUAAGCGUGUUCCUCCUUGGGUCUUCUAUACCCACAACAGAUAGUGUGCAAUUCAAAUUUACCAUUUAGAAUUCUAUCGCUUAAUUGGUUUACCAUUUAUAUGUAGAGCAAUAUUUUUAUUAGACAUCAGUUGAAGUGGGACAAGUGUUUGAGAGGCAACAUAACUGUGUUCUGAAAAACAUUUUAUUAUACUGUUUAAUACGUACACAACCAUCCUGCAAGUAUUGGGACAAUAUUGGAGCAUGGGGGUUUAUCAAUUGUGUGUAUAUGAAGAUGGCAGCCCUCACAUUCUGUAAUAUAUAAAAGCUUUUUCAAUUACAAUAGGCAAGACAGCCAUUCUGACAGACUUUGAUACAGCAUACUACAGCAGACGCUUAAGGUAUAACACGCUGACAGUGUUGUGGCAGGUGUUUCAAAGCAUAUCUUGGGCAUUGACAAGUGCUUUUUGUUUUACAAGGUUGUUCCCCUGGCAUGUAAGGGACAGCUGGCAGGAAUAUUAAUCUUCCAAAGUGUUUUCCUGCUUUGUUCUAUAUUUAGCUUCCUUAAUUGGCUAUUGACUAAAAACAAGUGGUUUCCUGGUUUGAAAUGUUUUUUUUGUUUUGUUUUCCCAUGUAUUGAAUUAUUUCAAAAUAAGAGUGCAUAACACUGCAAAUUCACACAGGACCAUACCAUUGAAACUGCAUGUUCCUGAAUGACUGACAUUAUAGCUGUUCAUUAAUAUUAUACAUUGUGCAUUGCUCAUGUAUUCCACUUGUCAUUCUGAGUACAUGGUGUAAUAGAUAUUGGAUCACAGGCAAAGCUGCUGUUUUAACACACCAGUGAAAGUGCACAUAUGCAGUAAUAAUGUUAAACUACAGGUACAGUCAUCUUCGAUUGCAGUCUACUGUAUGGUUUUGUACAGUUAAACUGUGGUCUGAAGUACUGCUAUUGUACGCUUAAACCAUUAACCAUUAUACUGGAUUUGGAUCUGCUGCUUGCUGUAUGAAAAAAAAAUGUUGUCACCAGGUUUCUAUUGGCAACCAUAUCAUGCAGUUUAAAGUAGCCUAAAAGGAGAGGUGUUUGUAUACAGUACAGGGUGGCAGUGCAGGGUGGUGCUAAACUGGAUCUCAAGCCCUCUCAGGGAGGUGCCUUUGUGUUCAUAGCGUUCAAUAUGCAAUGCAGUGCCUUCAAAAGCAAUGAACUUCAAUGAGCAAUAUGGUACAUUUAGAUGUAUUACAAAAAAAAGGGACUGUAUUCACAUUCCCUAUCAAAUUUUAUUGUAACUGUACAAUUCUACAAACAGUGGUUUUGUUGUUGAUGUUUUUUUGUUUUUGUUUUUUUUGUUUUGUUUUUUUACAAUAAAGGUUGCAUUCAAUUCAUAACGACAAAUUUAAAGAGCAGGAAGUCUUUAAAAAAACUAAAUAAAAAAAUUAGCAGGCUUUACAUAAAUGAUUGCACAAUCCCAAUCAACACAAGGGUAGAAGCUGCAGAUGUCUUUGUUGUAAUUGUGAAUUAUACUGGUUGUUUGAAGAGAAUCAGCGCUGCCUGUUACAUACUGUCAUGACAUGAUCCAGUGUCAUGCACAAGCAUAUGGUAUGUACAGUUAUGAGAAACCAAUGAAGUUAAG